AGAAAGCUGAAUUAAAAUUUUGCUACGUCAAACGAAUCGAAAACAGUUGUGCUCUGCUGUUCAAGAAGUGUUGUUCGAGUCGUACCGCGUUCAAAUUUUGAUCCGUGCUCGCGUUGGAUCCGCCUAAAAGUUCGCGUUUUAAUGGCAUUUUAAGUUAACACUGAUCGUUCCUUCAAGCAAGGUUGACCUUUUCGAAGAUCAGUCUGGUUAUCCAAACGAAUAAAAGAUUCAUGCAUUGUUCGAAGAAAGUCAGUCAAGACAGCUGACAGAAAAAAAAGCUUCUUUCAAGCUAUACGUUCUAAAGUGCAGUUUCGAUUAAGGCAAACUCCCCGACCGAGUGUGGUUGCACUCAAAGAGGAUGUUGAUUCGUGCGAGCAAUAAUCGGCCAUCACAGUGAAGGAAAGAAGUCGGCAGCUCAAACAAAACCACCAACCAACGAGAGAAGAGUAUAGUGAAGUGUAGUGUAAAUAUUUUUGUUGAAUAUUUUCAUCCUACCGACGUAUCAAUUGAAUGCUAAUAUAGCGAAGUGCUUCGAUGUAUGCUAAAGUGUACGUGUUUGCCUAUGUGCACAUGGAGUGAUUUGAGUGCGGAUUUGGUUGAGGAAUGAUCCGUUGACGUCACUUACCAUAAGCAGUCGUGGCAAAGAUUGGAAUCCAGAGGGGUCGACGUAAUCACAGCCCGAGAGAGAUAGAGUAAAGAGUAAGGCACUACAAAAGCGUACAUCAAGCAACAAGCAACAUCUCUGGCCACCCAUCGCGGUAGCAAACUCGGAGAACUCGGAGAGAUCGAUUAGGUCGUCAUCAGUUUCCCCCACCCCUCGCCUGAUACGACAGCUACAUACCUGUUCGCGCUUAGUCAGCGCAAACGUCCGAAGCCCCCCAUCAUACGAGAGUUUGUGGCGAACGGGAGGUUUACAUUUUAGUUCCCAUCAUUGGCAGCUCUAUUACGGCAGCAGGUUCAACGGCUCCGGAUCUGUUUUAUCCGUUUGUUGGUGCAAAACAGCGCAGGCAAGGCAAAGGUGUGCUGUGUGCAUUCGGCACUGGGGACACGCGAAAAACCGGUUGGAUCGUCUCUGUGCGCUGCUGAUCUCUACCUGCUUGCGUGCGUCCAGGUGGGGCAGAUUAGAUCGUCGUUUCGUCGUUGAUUCGAACGAGGGCGGCAUCCGAGCAACAGUGAAUGGAUCAUUUGCGAAACGGAUCUUGUAUCUACGAUAAAUAAUAAAAUUAAGCGACUGAAAAACGAGACUUAGAAAGUUCCUAUUUUAGCGAAAGAAUCGGUAGUUGAUAUUUAGUUCGAACGAACGGUUGGAGAAUGCUUAUAACGACCCACUAUAGUCAAAAGCAAUACUUGGAUUCGCUAUGCGUAACGGAAGCGGAAGAUUCCAGUUAUGACAGUGACUGUGAUGGGGAUGACCUGUCUCAUCAGCAGGUGUCACGAACCACCAGUGACACACUUGGACAGGAGUUCGCUGAGUAUGUCUGCCAGUCGGAUCACCAGCAAUUCCAGGACCGAUCACCAGGAUAUACUCAGCGAGUGGAAUUCGCUUUGAAGCUGGGCUAUACAGAAAGACUGGUCCAGGCAGCUCUGCAGCGGCUGGGACCGAAUCCUGCACAGAAUGAGUUACUUGCGGAACUGAUCAAACUAGGUUCCCAACCCGGUAUUAAAGGUGCUACAGAGUUCACGGUUGAUGGUAGUUUGAGUGACCCGCUACUAGCGGGUUCCUCCGAGUAUGGCUCCCCGAGUUUGUCGCUAUCCGUCACGGGGAGCGCUUCGUUGAUUGGCGGCAGUCCAAGUGCCAGUGAAGAAUCUCUUCGUCCAAUAGUGAUAGAUGGUAGUAACGUGGCGAUGAGCCACGGUAACAAGGAAGUGUUUUCGUGCCGAGGCAUUCGGCUGUGUGUUGAUUGGUUUAAAAAUCGGGGUCACAAGGAUAUUACAGUGUUCGUGCCCAAGUGGCGCAAGGAGAGUGCUCGACCGGACAAUCCGGUUAAGGAUGGCGAAAUUUUGAACGAGUUGGAAAAGGAGCGAAUGCUGGUAUUCACUCCAUCGAGACUAGUGGGAGGAAAGCGCAUGGUGUGCUACGACGAUAGAUAUAUUCUAAAGCUCGCUGCCGAGAACGACGGAAUCGUGGUAUCCAACGAUAACUAUCGUGAUCUGGUGCAGGAGAGCUCCGAGUUCAAGAAGGUGGUCGAAGAACGAGUGCUAAUGUACUCGUUUGUCAACGAUCGAUUCAUGCCACCCGACGAUCCGCUUGGUCGUUCCGGACCAACGCUGGACAACUUUCUGCGUGUGCAGCCCCGCAAAGGUGACCCACCACCGCCGUGUCCAUACGGAAAGAAAUGCACCUAUGGAAACAAGUGCAAGUUUUACCAUCCGGAAAGGGGUAGUAUGCCACACAAAUCGGUUACGGAACGGUUGUCGGAGUAUGCCGCCCGCCAUUUGCAGGCUAGAAGUAGUUGUGGUUCUGGAGAAUCCACGGGAAGCACUAUCGGAGGACGCAACGUGGUUCAGGGUAAAUCUCUCAGUGUACCACUGUCCAACAGCAGUAGCGAAACUAGUCCAACUAAUGAUAAACGAAAAGCAUUAUGCCGCACAAGAUCCAAUGUACCUCCAGACAGUAGUAACACUAGUAGUAAUUUAUGCAGCAUUAAUUUGAGUGACCAGAUACAGCAACAAUCACUGCAUCCCCCGCAGCAGCAGCAGCAUCCGUAUAUGCCAGCACAAAAUCGAUCAAACUGGGACCUUUCACCCCUGUCGUUGCCGCAUAACAUAGUCGAUUCCCAAAUAUUCCCUAAAUCUCAUAGCAUAGAAAAUAUCUCUAAGGAGACUUACAAUCAGCUCCAUCAUUCGAAUAGUUACAGUGCAUCACUGUGGAAUCGACAGCAGCAGCAGCAGCAGCAACAACAGCAGGUGAAGUCGACACAAUCUGGACAACCAACGGAUACAUGUGAUCGCAACCAGGACCCCAGUGUCAAUUUACAUCGUAAACUUCAGCGUCAGUUGACGCUUAAUCCGGCCGGAUGUGACCCUCGAAUCUAUCAGAUGCAGCGAAACAAUGCUGCGGCCACUGGACAGCAAUCUCAGCAUCACUCUGCGGUGCAACUAUCGCCUCAUCGACCUCUGGCACCGUCUUUAAGUGGUGGCACUCGUUCCAACCAGGCGGCGCAAUGGGAUUUGCAUCAGAACGUAACUCGCAUUGCAUCAGCACCGGAUCCGUCCCGACCUUGGCACACAGGACCACCACCAGCAUCGUCAUCGGAGCCCCAUAUCAAUCUGUGGCCACCACCGCCUCAGCAGCAACAACAGUUAGGUGUUGCCAACAAUACCAGUUCUGGUGGUGUCAUAGGUUCUCCAAUGCCACCACCACCGAAUCAAACGCAUCAACAGUUGCAAGAUCAGCGACGUCGUUUGCAUUACCAUCUGGCUAGUAUUUUUCCCGAGGAACAGGUACAGACCGUAAUGCAAAUGUAUCCGGACGAAACCAAUCCGCAGAAGAUAUGUGCCGCUAUAUUGUCUAUGUUUCCCAAGAUGUAAGAUUUGGAUGAAUGUUGUGUAAAUACUGCCUAUUUUAAGCAGAGGCAUAAUAAAAUGUGUUAGAUUGGUCAUCGUUUUGCGUACCUCAAUUACGACUAGGCGGUGUGUCCUCUUAGAGGACUUUAACUUUUUUUUCUGUUCUUAUAAAGACAAAAUACUCAGCCAGUGUUGAAACAACUAAUAGGAACACUCUAAUAUUUUAGGUGCCAAAAGUCUAUUCCUCUUUUUUAGUAAAAUCAAGUGAAGAAACACGGACAAAAUGGAGGGAAAAAUCAUUGUUCAAAUUAUUGCUUCCAGUCGUUGAGAGAAUUCCAAUUUUAUAAAUCUUAAAUCUAUUUAAGACAAAUGCAACUUUAUCAUUAAGAACCUGAAAUUCUAAUCUCAAAUACUGCUCUUAAGCACAAUUUCUCUAAAACGCAGCAUUUUUCCGUUUUACUUUUACUGCAUAUGAUGAAUAAUCUUACAUCUCGAUUGUAAACUAUUUAAUCGUUACUUGUUAGUUCUGUUUUUCUGUUGACUAUGUAUAAAUUAACUUAAAUCAUAAAACACUACCAAACAUCUUUCCUCUCAAUUCUCUGUAGAACAUCUUGGAAGUUUUCAAUUUACAAUAUGUACUAGAAAGGUAUUAGUCUAGCUUUAGAACAUGCAUCCGUCUACCAGUUUUAUCAGUGUGUGUUUGGUGGAAUCAGAGCCUUUCAUCUAUCCUGAUUCGAAUGUGAAUCGAAACAGCAACAAUAUAAAAUCCAAUUGGUACGAAUCAUGAUACAGCUUAUUGGAAGCAGUCAGUAACGUAUAUAGUAGACAGCGGAGCCACUCAACCGAACGCUGGGACUCAAACAUUUCGUGUAACUUCAUAUUGAAGCACCUCCGUUACGUUGCGUGGACGAAUUAACUUGUGUAUGCGGCGAACAGCUCAGCUCAGUCGUCUUUUCUCAGUUCUAUCAGUAUUGUUCAUCGAUAUGUUAAAACUUCAGAAAGUGGACUUGCUAACCCAAUUCAUGAAUUCCUUUGAUUCAAAACACACCAUACAAAGCAGAAAUCUACUGCAAGAAAACAACCGAAAAUUUUGGAAAAAAAACACGAACGAAUUGUAGAAAUUCUUUAAUUAAUAUUGUAUUCAAAGACAACUUUACAGUACCAUUUUACUCUAAUAGAUUUGUUCUUAAAGAUAUAAUACCAGGAGUAGACCAGAUGGGCUGAAGGGUAGAUAGUACUUCAUAUGGACAAAUAAAAAUCACCAAGAACGUUAAAAAGCACGUAAAAAGAAUCUAUCUACAUGCUAUGCAUAUAAAACGUAAAAUGUGUAAAUUUGAAACAUUAUAAUGAAAAUGAGAGAAAGAUGAGUUUAAAAAUAUACAAGAUACAUAUUCAGUAACAA